AUGCCGACCUUUAGUGCCAUAGCAUUGGAUAGGUUGUUAGAGCCUGGAGGUUCCAGGCCUGUUGACAGAUCUGCUCCGAGUUCGAUGCCUCUGCCAAACUCACAGAAUGGGAGGAAUGCUAAUGCACCCUCUCCAUUUCCUCCGUCACCAAUCAUUAACCAUAAGCGACGUACCCCGCGCCUCCUCAAGAGCACUUCAGAGGCCAGCAUACUGGCUGAGCGGAAUGUUCUCCAUGAUUGUGAAAAGCCUUUUGGUAAGAGCUCAGAUAUGGUGAUUCUGCUAAAGGAGCAAGGUGACAGUGUUUAUCACUUUGAAUUUGAUAGCAGCAAGAAUGGUGACUUUGGGACUGGACACAGGGAAAGUGGGAGUAGUAGCAUUACAAAUGAUUUACAGGUACCGACAAUGAAUUCACAAAGAGGUUUAGAGAUUGAAGAUUUCUUUGAUCCAAAUGAAUCAAUGAGUUUUGCAAGUAUUACAGAUGUUGAAGAUAAUGCUGCGCAGAACUGUCUAUGA